UCCAGGACCAUCACCGUGACCCCAGGCCAGGCCUUUCCAGGGGACAACCGCUCCUCCAGUGCGCUUGGUCUUGGGGAUGGCCUCUUUUCACACACAUCCAAAUGGCUGCAGGUGUGCAAUCUGAAGUCUCCCAUGGAGUACAUACAUGAUGCCCCUCCCAUCAAAGUCCACGGAUCCAUUGUGGCUUCCUUUGGAUCCGAUGAUCCUGCAUUGGGGGCACCUGUAGAGUACAUUGACCUCAGAGGGACGUCUUAUGACAACCCGAUGGUCUGCAAAUACACAGGCAACAAAUACUACAGCGAUGAUUGGGGCCCUCCCCACGCACCUGGCCACUCAUCAGAAUCGCAUCAUUGA